CACAGAAUGGGAUGUUUUUUCCAUUGCUUUUUAUUUAUGGCCUUAUGUUUGAGCAUUUCAGAAGCAGCCUCAGAUUAUCAUUCACUAAUUGCCCGAUCAUCUGCGUACGAGGGAUACAAAGUCUGCACGGUGCGAGUUUCUUCUGAUAAAGAUGUGCGGGUACUGAGAAAUAUAGAAGAGACUUUCAAGGAUGGUUUCGAAAUGUGGUCAGAUUAUUUCCAAAAGGGAGAUGUAUUGAUUUUUCACGUGAAAAGUGACUACAUUCCGAUAAUUCGUAAAAUACUUAAGACACAUUCUAUAAGGUUUCAAGUGCAUAAAGACAAUGUGGAUCAAACAAUCCGAGGAGAAGUUAGUAACGAGACAGACAGCCGGUAUGAUGAAUUCGGAUACAAUUACGCAAAGCAUAAUUCUUUCAUUGCGAUGUUCCAAUUACUGAAAGGUCUAACCGAUACGUAUCGCAGAAUAUCUAGGCUUGAAACUGUUGGAUACACUGUGGAGAGAAGGCCUAUUUUGGCAGUUCAUAUAUCGAAGAGUCGAUUAACGAAAAAACCUGCUAUUUUAAUUGAAUGCGGUGCCCAUGCAAGAGAAUGGUCAGCAUUUGAAGCAUGCCUUUAUUUCACAAGUAUGCUAUUGAAACAAAAGUCAGAAAAAGUGAGAAGAAUUACAUCUUUGUAUGACUUCGUUAUUCUCCCAGCUUUGAACCCAGAUGGCUACGUUUACGCUUGGACAACGGAUCGGAUGUGGCGGAAAAACAGAGCUUGCUAUUUACCUCAGGACCAAUGCAUAGAUAAAUGUGUAGGAGUGGAUAUAAACAGAAAUUUCGAUGUUGAAUUCUGUCAAGACAGUAUCAGCUCAAAGGAUCCUUGCUCGUCAACCUUCUGCGGAAUAUCCGCAUUUUCUGAAAGGGAAUCAUUGGCGAUGAAAAAGAUGGUAGCAAGACUUAAAAAUCGUUUGCUUGCCUAUUUUUGCUUUCACUCAUUUAUGGGUGUAUGGACGUAUCCAUGGGCUAAAAAAAGGGAACUUCCUCCAAAUUAUAGAGAAAUGGCAAGGGUGGCCAGAGUCGCCGUUAAUACUGUGCAGAAUAUCAGCAACUCAGUUUAUAGGAUUGGUAACAUUGCGAGAGUGAUAUAUAGCGUCACUGGUUCUUCGGUGGAUUAUGCUUACGAUAGUGGCCAGGCGAAGUAUGCGUACGCUAUAGAGCUGAGACAAGGGAAGGAGAAGACAGGAUUCAUCAUGAACGAGAGAGAGAUAUUGCCUUUGUGCAGAGAAACUUUUGCUGCAUUGGUGAACUCUAUCCUUGCUAUGUGCCCAGACAGAAACUAA